AUGUCACAGACUCAGGAACUAGUAAACUUCUUUUCCUCGAUGCAAUUGUCUGUCACGCGCGACAGACGGGAACUGUCACGAGCGAUCACGAGCCAGCUCCGGAUUUCGGACUGCGAACACCGGACAGGAAAGAACCAGUCACUCAAUGAUCGCAUGUGCGUCGAACUGCCAAAAGAACACGGAUUUGACACUUACACUCUGCGAAGUGUUGACGUUGAAGAAACGACGCGUGUGAUUAUCACGUCAAGAUCAGAAAAUUACCAUACAAGUGGAACUGAGCUUAUUAAACGUGAAUCACGUUUUCGUCUUCAAAUCACAGGAUCCCAGAAGUCGCCAAGAUCUCGGAGACAACGAACCACAAGUAUGUCGCAGUCUAAUAAGAAAACUGCGUCAGAAUCGAUACUGAGAAGUAAAACCAGAACUAUUUACACUGCUGGUCGACCACCUUGGUAUAAUUCUGCUGGCCAACAAGUUGAACCAUUCGUUAUAGGAAUUUGUGGUGGAAGUGCGUCUGGCAAAACUACUGUAGCAACAAAAAUUAUUGAAUCUCUGGAUGUACCAUGGGUAACCCUCCUCAGUAUGGACUCGUUUUACAAAGUUUUAAACGAAAAACAGCACGAAAUGGCUGCAAAGAACGAGUACAAUUUUGACCACCCCGACGCGUUCGAUUUCGAAUUACUAAAAAUGACACUUCAGCGUCUGAAAGAGGGUCGAAAAGUCGAAGUGCCGAUUUAUAACUUUGUAACGCACUCCAGAGAAAAUCGGACGAAAACGAUGUACGGUGCUAACGUCAUUAUAUUCGAGGGCAUCCUGACCUUUUACAACGCUGACGUAUCAAAAAUGUGUGACAUGAAGGUCUUCGUUGAUACGGAUGCGGACGUAAGACUUGCUCGAAGACUUCGGAGGGACAUAACGCAGAGAGGGAGGGACCUGGAGGGAGUUUUGAAGCAGUACAGUACGAUGGUCAAGCCUUCCUUUUACUAUUAUAUCGCUCCUCUCAUGGUCCACGCUGACAUUAUCGUACCACGUGGAGGAGAGAACGAGGUGGCAAUAGAACUCAUCGUGCAACAUGUUCAUACUCAACUUCAGCUGAGAGGAUUUAAACUUAGGGAGAAGCUGGCUAACUCCUGCCUCGGACAACCCAUGCCAUCUUCCCUUUAUAUGCUGCCAGAUACGCCACAAAGUAAAGGGCUUCACACUUUUAUAAGAAACAAAUUUACGCACCGCGACGAGUUUAUUUUUUACUCCAAGAGACUUAUACGACUAGUCAUUGAGUAUGCGUUGUCACUUCUACCAUUUCAGGAAAUUACAGUAGAAACACCACAAGGUGUACCUUAUCUAGGCAAGCGAGCUGCAACUGAUAAAAUAUGUGGUGUUUCUAUUUUGCGGGCUGGAGAAACGAUGGAGCAAGCAGUGAGGGAUGUGUGCAAGGAUAUACGAAUUGGAAAAAUACUUAUACAAACCAAUCUACUCACAGGAGAACCAGAAUUAUACUAUCUGCGAUUACCGAAAGACAUAAAGGACUACAAGGUGAUUCUGAUGGAUGCGACAGUGGCGACUGGGGCCGCGGCGAUGAUGGCCAUCAGAGUUCUUCUCGAUCAUGACGUUGGAGAAGACAAUAUCCUACUCGUAUCCCUCCUGAUGGCAGAAUCGGGCGUGCAUUCAAUUGCCUACGCCUUCCCACAAGUGAAGAUCGUCACCUCAGCUGUUGAUCCCGAGAUCAAUGAGAGGUUCUACGUCCUCCCAGGAAUCGGUAAUUUCGGGGACAGAUACUUCGGAACCGAACCUUCGCUCAUCGAUGAUUAACGUAGUUUGAGCUGGUGUGCAAUUGGGACUGAACUUAAAUUGAUUAUAGGUAGAUCAUAUUUGCAUUCCUGGACUCUGUCCGCCAAAACAAGGAGUGCCCUGUUUUCUUGUACUUAUUUCUAUGAUAAAGUUAGCGAUUUUAAUAAAAUUUAUCAAUUUACAAA